CCCUUAAUACUCAUUAAGGCCUGAAAUAGGUCUCCUUCGUCGUUUACCCAAUGUUCUCUUCUACAGGUCCUUUGUUUUCCAUUUUUUCUUCUUAACUUAUCAGUUCCAACCGCUACUCUGGGAACUCUGCUCCAACUCCAAGAUCUCUAAGAAAACUCUCUGAGAGGAAGUUCAUCGUAGUUGGCACUAUCGAUACAGAGACCAAUUGGGUUGUUGAUUUCUGGGUUUCUAUUUUUUUAUACAGGAAGUUUAGGAAUUUCAGUUUUCUGAAAUUUUUGCAAAGGAAAGGGACUUGGGUUUUUCGUUAUUUUGUAUAUUUGCUUGAUCCAGGGGGAAUAGUUGUCUCUGGUGGCAUAUUUUUUUUCCUGUUCUCUUUUUAUGGCAUUGGAAUGCCACGGGACUGGAAAUUCGAAGGAUUCUCCAGAUCAUAUAGAUAAUAAUCCUUGGGACGAGGAGGUUGCACCUACCCAGUUCGGAUCCUCUAUUCCUCGUGCUAUAUCAGGAUUUGUUUUCAGAAAAGAAAGGCAUGAAUCUGUACUGCCGGAGCCCAGUUCUGAAUUUCAUCCCAAGAAGGGAAUUACAUCUUCUGGUAGUCAGAAACUUUCUCCAUCAAAUGACUCUGCUUCUAAUGGACUUCGUAAUAUAACUGACCUUCCACCGGCCUUGUUAUCCGAAAUCCUCCACUGCCUUGAUGCUAAAGAGCUGGGUAUUGUUUCCUGUGUGUCGACAUUCCUCUACCAGCUUGCGUGUAACCACUAUGGUUGGAAGGAGUUAUAUUGUGAAAGAUGGGGUCUGCCAUUGGGUUCAGCUCGGCCAGGUUCAGAAUUUCCAGAUGAGAAAUCUUGGAAGAAGCUUUUCGUAGAGAGAGAGUACAGGAGCAAGACCUUCAUGGGCCGUUAUAGUAUUGAUGUUCUCUAUGGCCACACUGAAGCAGUUCGGGCGGUUUUCCUUCUAACACCGGCAAAGCUUAUAUUUACUGGAGGUUACGAUUCCAUUAUUCGCAUGUGGGACAUGGAAGAAGGGUUGUCAAUUGCAUCUUCCCGUCCACUGGGAUGCACUAUCCGGGCGGUUGCAGCUGAUACCAAACUUUUGGUGGCAGGGGGAACUGAUGGCUUCCUCCAGUGUUGGAAAGCAGUGGCUGGGCUUCCUCAUUUGUUUGACAUUACGGGCGCCCAGAAUCAUAGUUCUGAGUUUCGGCUGUGGGAACAUAAAGGGCCUGUAACUUGCCUUGCAUUAGAUCCCAUGAGGAUUUACAGUGGUUCAUGGGACAUGACUGUGCUUGUUUGGGACCGAUCUCUCUUUAAGUGUGUAAAAAUAUUAAUGCAUGGUGAUUGGGUUUGGAGCCUUGUUCCUCGUGGUUCCAAUAUAGCAAGCACGGCAGGCAGGGAUGUUUACAUGUGGGACAUUGACAGUGGGGAUCAGCUUACCAUGAUUGAAAAUGUUCAUACUGGUAACACUUGUGCCUUGGCACGUAGUUAUAUGGGGGAUCUUCUGUUCACUGGAGGAGAGGAUGGAGCAAUACACAUGUUUGAGAUCAAAAGCCACAGCAUGGUUACUAAUGCUACUAAGGUUGCAACUUGGAUCCCUCACUCUGGUUCUGUUCACUCCCUCACAUUUGAGUUCCCCUGGCUCGUUUCGGCUUCAAGCGAUGGAAAGCUUUCACUGAUUGAUGUGAGAAAGUUACUAAAGGCAAGCAAGCGCUCUUGGUCAAGAAACCCCAGCAAAGUUAACAGGUCGGCUGCUGUGAGUGUGGAGGCUCCACAGAGGAUGCUACAUGGUUUUGGGUGCAAUCUGUUUUCAGUGGACAUUGGUGCUGAUCGCAUUGUAUGUGGUGGUGAGGAAGGUGUAGUUAGGAUGUGGAACUUCUCGCAAGCCUUGGAAAUUGAGCGGAGGGUUAGGGCAUUAAGGGGCAUCCGGCUAGAAAACCGGAUGAGGCGGCGGAAGAUCCAAACUGAAAUGAACACCAAGGGUGGCCGGGCUGAUCAAUGUUCAGUUGCUGCCAAGAAGAACCAAAUCAAUGGCGAUAGGAGUGUCUGGCAUGCUAAGCGUGGGGUUAGUGGGAAGUUGAAAGCUUAGUAUCUUUCAGGGUCAUUGUUCCGUUAUGGGCACUAAUACUUCUUAUUAGUGAUGUAGCAUGAUAACACCUCUAUGUUUCAAGCAGAUAUGGUUUUAGAGCUGUGUUUCAUCCACAGCAAUAUUUGAGUUUCAAGUAUGACUUUUUUAUUAAAGUCUGAUUGAUGGAUUCUUUCCA